GUCGGCGCUCUCCCCUAAGGGGCACAUCGCCUCUUCACUCCUCACAACCCGCUCCACGUGUCGUGGACCACGCCUCCCCUCUCUCUCCUGACAUCCUGCGCGAGCCCGUACCUCAGAAAAUCAAGGUGCCGCAGCUCGGACUUUACGAUGGAAACUCGGAUCCCGACUCCCACAUCGGCCUUUACACCUCAUGGAUGGACCUGCACGGCGCGACAGACGCCUUACGCUGUCGCAUGUUUUCCCUGACCCUGGGACCAAAGGAGCAGAGAUGGUACCAUUAUUUGUACCCGCACUCUAUCUGCACUUGGGGCCAGCUCCGGUCGGCGUUCCGAUCACACUUCAUCGGAUCGCAAAUUAGCUUGGCCCCCAAGGAAUCAAUCGCCAACAUCGUCCAAGGCGAGGACGAGAGCCUGAAGGACUAUAUCGCCCGGUUUAACGACCGGGUUCAAAAUAUGGAGCAGUGUCAUCCCGAGACUUUACUCGUCUCUGUGCAGGCCGGGCUGAGGCCGAAAACCCUGUUUAAAUGGUCCUUGUGCCAGAACAAGCCCGCCACCUACCAGGAAUUCCUCGUCAAAGCCCAAAACUAUAUAAUGGCCGAAAAAUCUUCGUCCAUCCCGGUGUUGGACGCCACGUCGGGCAAGGACAAAAAUAAAGACAAGUCAGGGAAGCCCGACAAGUUGUUUGCCGAGGUGCUGGCCAUGAGGAAGCAAAGAGCGGAGGAGCUCAAGGAAAGCUACCAGGGCGUCUUCUCCGUGGGCGCCGCCGCGGUCUACGAAGAAAUCAAAACGAAGGGCUUACUACCGGAUCCAAAGCCCAUGUUCACCGACACUAACAAUGUGGACAAGUCCCGAUAUUGCGCCUACCACAAGGCACACGGACAUAACACAGAUCAAUGCCGAAACUUGAUCGCGGCGCUGCUCAAGUUGAUAGAUGACCCGCAAGUCAAAAAG